ACCUACAAGAAGAUUCCACGAACAAAAGGAAGAACAAAAAAGGAAGUGACGAGAAGAAAAAGGACGAUGUUGGAUUUUUUGAAAUGUUCCGGUAUUCGACGACCAAGGAUCGACUUCUAUAUGCAGUCGGAUUUAUUUGUGCGAUAGCGACAGGCUUGACAACACCGGUCAAUAGCUUGAUCUUCGGCAAUUUAGCUAAUUCAAUGAUCACUUUUGGUGCUCCAGGAAACUACACGCGCAGCUCGGAAGCGGAAUCGCUUUUGGAUGCAGUCCAAACCUUUGCAUUUCAAAAUAGUAUGAUCGGCGUCGUGAUGCUUGUGGGCAGUUACAUAUCGAUAAUGACAUUCAAUUAUGCCGCUCAAGCGCAAAUAGUUCGCAUACGAGGAAAAUUUCUUAGGUCAGUACUGCACCAGGAUAUGGCGUGGUACGAUUUUAACCAGAGUGGGGAAGUGGCGAGCAGAAUGAACGAGGAUUUGUCUAAAAUGGAGGAUGGUAUAGCCGAAAAGGACGUUAUGUUUGUCCACUAUAUUGUGGCCUUCAUUGGUUCGCUAGUAUUAGCCUUUUACAAAGGUUGGUUGCUAGCUUUAGUCUGUCUUAGCAGUUUGCCAGUUACAUUCAUAGCAUUGGGCGUUGUGUCGAUCAUGACCUCAAAGUUAUCAAAACAAGAACUGAAUAUCUAUGCUAAAGCUGGAAAUAUUGCAGAGGAGGCACUGAGUGCCAUUCGCACUGUGAAAACUUUUGAAGGCGAGUACAAGGAAGCCAGUGCCUACAAAACACAAAUAGUUGAUGCCCGGAAGAUAAAUAUUAAGCGAAAUAUGUUUGCUGGAAUUGGGUUUGGUAUGCUAUGGUUCUUCAUUUAUGCUUCCUAUGCUUUGGCUUUCUGGUUUGGCGUUGGCUUAGUCUUAAAGAAAUACGCUGGCAUUGAAGGAUACGAAAAUUACGAUCCUGGAAAUAUGAUAACGGUAUUUUUUUCAGUAAUGAUGGGUUCUAUGAAUAUUGGCAUGGCCUCGCCAUAUAUCGAAGCUUUUGGCAUUGCAAAAGGUGCGUGCGCAAAAGUAUUUAAAAUUAUCGAACAAGUGCCGACAAUCAACCCGAUCGAACCGAGGGGCAAAAAUUUGAAUCAAUCUCUGGUACACAUUGAACUACGGAACGUCAGUUUCAAAUACCCAUCUAGAGACGAAGUACAAAUUCUGGAUAAACUCAACUUGAAGAUACAUCGUGGUCAAACGAUAGCAUUAGUUGGGUCAUCGGGUUGUGGAAAAUCAACGAUUAUUCAACUCGUUCAACGUUUUUACGAUCCGCAAGAAGGCAACAUAUACUUUAAUGAUGUCGAUUUGAAAGACAUAAAUAUUACUUGGCUAAGGGAGCGCAUAGGUGUCGUCGGGCAGGAACCAGUACUAUUUGGAACAACCAUAUAUGAAAAUAUUCGCUUUGGCAGAGAGGAUGCUACGAGAGAGAUGAUCAUUGCGGCAGCCACAGCUGCAAAUGCGCAUAUUUUUAUAAAUAAGUUGCCAAAAGGACUUGAUACUUUGGUUGGUGAACGUGGCGCUCAAUUGUCUGGUGGGCAAAAGCAACGUAUCGCUAUCGCACGUGCAUUAGUGAGAGAUCCCGAAAUACUUUUAUUGGACGAAGCAACCUCCGCCUUGGACACAGCUAGUGAAGCGAAAGUACAGGCGGCUCUUGAGAAGGCGAGUAAAGGUCGUACCACAAUCAUUGUUGCCCAUCGGUUAUCGACAAUCCGACGCGCUGACCGGAUCGUGGUCAUUAAUAAAGGUGAAGUGGUCGAGAGUGGCACACAUGCCGAAUUGAUGGACCUGAAAUCCCACUAUUAUAAUUUGGUUACAACGCAACUGGGAGACGAGCCCUUAACUGCUGAAGUACAAAAUGUUGAAAAAUCGCCAAAUUUCUUCGGCACGAAGGACGAGGAUGAGGAGCUUAUUGACAUUAAGCUUGAGGAGGAAACUUUACUUCAAGAAUCCGAUGAAGAGUCCUCACUAUGGCCUAUUAUAAAAAAGAAUAAACCGGAAUGGCCACAAUUGUUGUGCGGAGUAAUAUCAUCGGCUAUAAUGGGCUUUGCUAUGCCUAUUUUUGCAGUGCUUUUUGGAGAAAUUCUUGAAAUUUUAGCAGUUCAAGACGACCCAGAAUAUGUUCGCGAAAACACGAAUAAAUACAGUUUAUACUUUUUAGUAACUGGUGUCAUCACUGGUUUUGCAACAUUUUUUCAGAUAUACCUUUUCGGCGUUGCGGGUGAGAAGCUAACGGAACGAUUGAGAGGCUUGAUGUUUGAAGCGAUCCUGAAACAAGAAGUUGCUUGGUUUGAUGAUAAAGCCAACAGCACGGGCGGUCUUUGCGCGAGACUUUCAGGUGAAGCAGCUGCAGUUCAAGGUGCAACCGGACAACGCAUCGGAACAAUAGUUCAGUCAGUCGCCACCAUAGCUUUAGGUAUUGCCUUGUCCAUGUACUAUGAAUGGAGUUUGGGUUUAUUGGCACUAGCGUUCGCCCCAUUUAUUCUGGUUGCGGCGCUCUUGCAGCGUAAAGUCAUGGCUCAGGAAAAUAUGGGAACUUCUAAGACUAUGGAAAAUUGCACGAAGCUUGCCGUUGAGGUCGUCUCGAAUAUUCGCACAGUAGCUUCAUUAGGCAGGGAGGAGAUGUUUUAUCAACAAUACAUGGAUUUAUUGAACCCAGCAAUGGCUACAGCUAAAAAGAAUACUCACUUCCGAGGCUUUGUGUAUGGAUUGGCCAGAUCUCUUAUGUUCUUUGCAUACGCGGCUUGUAUGUACUAUGGCGGUUGGUGUAUAGUACACAAAGGCAUGGAGUUUGGUAAUGUUUUCAAAGUUUCUCAAGCCUUGAUUAUGGGUACGGCUACUAUUGCGGAUGCACUAGCUUUUGCGCCCAAUUUCCAAAAGGGCAUCACUGCAGCAAAGAAAAUAUUUUUACUUCUAAGCCGCGAGCCAAAGAUCUUUGAUAAACCGGAUGUGUCGACAGAUCCAUGGAAUGCAGAAGGCAAAGUUGACUUCAAUGAUGUCAAAUUUAGUUAUCCAACCCGCAAAGAAAUUCCAGUAUUGCGAGGUAUAUUAUUGAAUAUCAAAGAAGGACAAAAAGUAGCAUUGGUUGGCUCUUCUGGGUGUGGAAAGUCUACAUGCAUUCAACUACUGCAACGCUUCUAUGAUGUUGACGCCGGUUCAGUAAACAUAGACAACAUCGAUUUGCGAAAUCUGGCGCUUACAAACCUGCGACGUCAGCUUGGUAUCGUCUCUCAGGAGCCGAUAUUGUUCGACAGAUCCAUUAAGGAUAACAUUGCUUACGGAGAUAAUAAGCGAGAUGUCUCUGAGCAGGAAAUAAUCGCAGCUGCCAAAAAAGCAAAUAUACAUAAUUUUGUGUCGGCAUUGCCCUUGGGCUAUGAGACACGCAUGGGUGAGAAAGGCACACAAUUGUCCGGUGGUCAAAAGCAGCGAAUCGCCAUCGCCCGCGCCAUGGUUAGAAAUCCGAAAAUCUUGCUACUUGACGAAGCCACAUCAGCUCUUGAUGCUGAGAGCGAAAAGAUUGUACAGGAUGCUCUAGAUGCGGCUAGUAAAGGAAGAACAACUAUUAGCAUUGCUCAUAGAUUAUCUACAAUUGUUGACUCCGAUUUGAUAUUUGUGCUCGACAAUGGCCAAGUUGCUGAAUGUGGUUCACAUAAGGAGCUCUUGAAGUUGCGUGGUAUAUACAACACACUGUGGAGACUGCAAACUGGCAGUUAAUAAUAAUACUACGAUCUUGCACCGCAUGGUGCUACUUAUUAAGCAUCUGUCGAUAUAUUUAUGAAUCAUUAGUAUGCCAUCCUAGUUACUUCUGUGAAAUACGUUUUUAUGUACUUAAAUUAGGGUGGCCCUGUGGCACAAUAAAGUUAAGGCGUGCCGACCGCCACCCAAAUUUGAAUAUAAGUGGUUUUUCGC